GCGCGCGGGGAUGAGGGGUGAUGGCAGCUUCAGCCAUGCGUGUCACCUACGUCAUAGCUUCAACAUAGUCGAGCUGCCAGCUGCCCUGUUGGAGGUGGAUCUAGUCAAGCGCGAUCCAUGCAGUUCAUUUCCAGGUCAUGCAGCGAACGCCUUGUAGUGGCUUGGGAUUUGGUGGUUCUUCUCCUUAUGCUUGGACUGCAUCUGCCUACGUGGUGUCUGACAUCAGCCUCACGAGCGGAACGCGUCGCGGACAACCCUGGGAAGCUGCAAGUGGUAAUUAUGGCUCUAGCAUUGUUGUCCCUGCGUCUCGUAUUCGACUGUCGAGAAUUAGUUCGUGGAAGGGCCAGGGGACAUCUACAAGAUUAUAAUUGCGAUACUCCAGUGGUUAGACUUCCACAAAGGUCCUUGCCUGAAAAAACGAAGCACGCACAGAGUUGGGAACCACAUACAUCAAACUCAUCAUAAUCGACGUCUCCACUUCCCAGAUGGAGGUCAUGAUGCCAGUAGCCCACAGUUCCAACUUCGUGUUGCUACCCUGGUCACGAUAAUGCGUCCCCAUCAGCCCUACGAGCCGAUCACCCGGGUAGUUCUUGGCAGAUCCUCUUUGUCUGCAAAAGCCAGCAUCAAGUUGCUUGUGCAUCCCAAGAUAUUGUAGUAGCUUCUCCGGUCACCAUAGUGCAAG